UCGUGUACUCCCCAAAUGAAAUGAAAUGAAAUAAUACGAUGAUUCCCCAUGAACACUGCCAUAGCCUACCUGCUAUACUACCGUCACGGUAUCCGACUGUCGCUCCGAUACCUCGUGCUGUUUCUUAUCUGGAGAGAUCUCAUUUUGUCUCGUUCAUUCACUAGUUAAGCCUUUCAUGCACUCCUCUCUCUACUAGCAAUGUCCAACUGUUUCGAAAAAUAUCUCUACACAAGCUGUGCCCCUGCGCUGCACUGCUCAUCAACUCCGAAGGCCGAUUUGACUAUUAACGUUUCUCAAAGUUGAGGCCACCAGAUAAUCAGCUAAUCCCUCACACUAAACACCUCGCAAUCAGCCACCGUCCAAUACUUACUUCAUUAUUCCAAGACAACAAUGGCUGAUGAAUCUACGACACCGUCUCUUGCACCCUGGCAGAUUCACGACAGAUUUGUCGAUAUCGUCCGCAGCGACGCCUGUCCAAUUCUUGAUCUGAUUCCAUCAUACGAUCGUUUUCGGUUUGACUUGAACCAGUCCGAAAACAACGUCGUCAUGUAUGUGGGCGAGUAUGGCGAUGGCGAGAUCAUAGCGCAUCCCGACGGCUCGGUGACGAAGCGCAUCAUCCGAGACUCCAACAUUCGCAAAGCAGGAACCAUCAUAAAAGUCAUCAAGCCCAUGGGCGGGCAGUUUAGAGCUGUCGCGCCGUUCAGCUGGAGCGACAGUUCACGACAGGGUAUCGGUACGCCGAUGAGCGCACCAACACAUGCUCUGGUAUUGAUGUAUAUGCACAUCUGGGUUCUGAAAACUGGGAAGAACAAUGUUGAUCUACCCAUGCCGGGGUAUCAAGGGUUGUAUGACGCAUUGGUUUUGGUCCGGAAUGCGAUAGAAACAGAGAACCUGUUGCCGGUUAGGCAGUGCAGAAUUCUAGCGGAGGUACUAAGUGCUCAUCAACCUGGUGGUGUCGUCGACAAGGAUAAGUCAAUUAAAGAGGGUGUGGAGAUGGAGGAGGCUUGA